AUGGACAAACCUGCAAAGAUAGCAGCACAACAACCAGUAGUACGAUACUCAGUAGCGCAGUCUUUCCUCAAGGGCGAGGAUGUCGUCCUCGUGAAGCCCCAUCUGCCCUUCCCGACUGCUGAGCUUCUCUUCGGGGAUGAGAAGGGCCUCAGGACUUGCCUCAGCCGGUCAUCCCCUUAUGACUCAGUGACAUCUGCGGACCGUGUGUCUCCGGAGAGAGGGAAUGAUCCUACAAAGGAGGCCUGUCCGAGGCAAUUGACAUACGAGGAGACAGCCUCUUUUGGCCUAUACUGCGUCUUUGAUGGGCACAAUGGCGUUGCAGCGGCGCAACACAUACACGAUACUCUUUGCGAGGUUUUGGAGCCCCUCCUGCCGCCUGGCAAGCCGCCGGCGGAGGACAGCGGGGAGGAAUAUGUGACGUGGAGGGAGCAGCUGCAGCAAGCGCUGGUGUGCGCGCUGGAUGAGGUGCAGGCUACCUUUGCCUGCACCGGCCACACUGCCGGGACCACCGUGACCAUCAUAAUACAGUGCGGGUGGCUGCUCACAAUAGCGGGCCUGGGCGACUCGCGCGCAGUGCUGGAUACUGGAGCGGAGAUUGUGCAGCUUAGCGUGGACCACCGUGUGGCCACGCACCGCCAGGAACGCCAUCGACUGGAGGGCACCGGCGCGCUCGUCGCUCCCAUCGACGUCUCAGGGUCUGGGCCUGCAAGUGGGCCAACUGCGCAGGGGUGGGGGCCCCUGAGAGUGUGGCCGGGGGGACUUUGCCUGUCAAGGGCCGUUGGAGACUUUGAUGUGGGUGCAAUCGUGCUUGCCAUCCCCCACAUCAUGCAGGUGCGAGUGCCCGAGACUGGGGGCCGGGUGCUGGUGGCGUCCGACGGCGUCUGGGACGCGUUCGAGAAGAUGGUUCGCGUCAGUCGCAUGGCUCGCCGCUGGUCCGUGGAGGAAGCACCGGACAAGCUGAUCAAAGCGAUUCAGCGCGCACAUGGAGGCCUCAAGGACGACACAUCAGUGAUCGUGCUGGACCUGCUGCCGCCGGAGAAAGACUUCCCAACCGCCGCAGGCGUCAACCGGAAGGGGAAGAGCAAGGGCGGCUUCAUGUGCUGUGCCGCGCCACCUCCAACUAAUGACGAGGAUGACUAUGUUCCACCUGGCAAGGUGCAGAUUGUGGCGGACAUCGACUACGCACAGGUGGUUGGCCUGUCAGACGAGCCUGACUACGUGCCGAGCUGGUACCAGGAAGACCUCGGCGCUGAGCUGCGCCACUCGCAGGAGGCGGCCGUGGAUGCUUGGAAGGAGGCGUGCUCCAUGCGCAAGUGCGGCAAGGAGCCGUCGCGCGUCGACCUGGCGUCUUAUUUCGCCUCGCAUCUCAACGGCGACGCUGAGAAGGGCGCGGCGGCCGAGGAAGCUGAGGAGGCAACGCCGCCGGGCAGGAUGGUCCCUGCAAUUUACUCUGGCGCAGUCGCCUCCAAGGAGCGCUUCAAGGCGAAGGCAACGCGGCACAUAUCUUUCGCUCCGCCGCCGCCGGAAGAGAACGCCGGUGCAGACAUGGGCAAGCCAAUCCCGGCGGCGUACGGCGGCCGGCCGGCGCCGUCACCACGGCGGCCGCACCCGGACGUCAUGGACUACACCGUCAAGGCUGGCGUGCGGCCAUCGCACGUGCCGAGCCCGGCGACGCCAGACUUAUCGGUGAAGGCCGGCAAGAUGACCUCGCAGGUCGCGGCCGCCCUCGCGGCCGCGCGCAACGCCGAUCGGUCGCAGCGCGGCGCGCACCGGCCCGGCGCUGGCGAUGCGAGCGUGCGCUUUGGCCAGGCGCACUUUGCGCACACGCAGGAGGGGUUCGCCAAGCAGUUUGGCCCCUAUGCAGGCUCGCUCAUCACGGGAGACGAUUCGUCCCAUGGCAGCGAGAAGGAGAGCAUCUCUCAGCACUUCCCGGCGGCGGUGGCCUCCAGCGAAGAAUCCUACGCGCGCAAAUUUGGCCACUACGGCAGCGACAGCCGCCGCACGGUUGAGCCCAGCUCAGACAGAAAGGUAAGCGAAAGGGUGGAGGACAUGCAGCCGCCACCCCCGCUGCCCGGUGCUGACUCACCUGAUGCUGACAGGGCGUCCUCCAGCACCGAGUCAUCCCUCACUGCUGAGCGGUUCAGCUCGGGGCGGCUGUCGGCGAUAGCGGAGGCCCCGGCCGGCAGCCGCGCCAGCAUCGAGAUGGGCGAGGGCCGUGUCAAGGGCGGCGGCGCGGCAGCCUCUGAGCUCUUCCCCGGCCGCGCUGCCGCCUCCAACGGCUCCGGCACGCCUGCAGCAGCGCCCAAGCCGCAGCAGUGAAUGGGGUGGAAUCCUCUGGUUCUUAAGGGCAUGCCAUAAAACCAGCACCUAAGCCGCAGCAGUGACCCACGGGAGGAAUGGUGCCUACCCAUUGGCGCUGCCCCAAAAGCCUCGAAUGGCAAGUGCAGCAUGGAAUCCUCCGCAGCAGCGGAAGCGGCACCGGCAGCGCUGCAACAGCACCCAAGCCACAGCAGUGAUUGGGGUGGAAACCUCUGGUUUCUUGGUCAAGCGAGAAAAACAGCGCACUGGCUUGUUGCGUGCUCCAAGCUGUUCCCCAUUUCUUUUGGUGGUCAUGAUGACAAGACAGCCGUUGACCCCAUUUUUUAUGGUUUCACACCGAUAUUCUUUGCCCUUUUGCGCAAGUACCGAUCAGUGUAAAACGUACAAGUAC